UGGCAAAGUAUAAAUCACACAUACAGUACUGCAUAAGACAAGAUAAUUUAUUAAGUCUUAUUUAAGUCUGGUCAUGAUGGUCUAAAUUUGGAAACAGGUUUACUUUAUUAACCUAUUCUUAGCAACAAAUGUAGAUUUAUUAAAACCUGAUUUCUGAGCUGCUAAAAUUAUUAAUUGUUGGCUAUGGCUUCAUUUACAGUUUGACAAGUUAUCAUACAGCUAAUAAAAAGUUAUGGGGAAAAUGUACUUAGAGGAGCAGGAGCUGCAAGUUGCAUCAAGAAAAAAGAUAACCAUGGCUUAGACCAAAUGCUUCAUCAUCAUCAUCAUCAUCAUCAUCAUCAUCAUCAUCAUCAUCAUCUUAUAACUCAUCCAAACCAAAACAAAGCUAAUUAUUUUCCUCAUCAUUACUGCCAGCAUGCAAGUGUUUGACUUAUUCAACUUUCAUCCACAUAUCUCACUUUUCCAAUAGGUAGGCUGAAGAAGCGUUCACCCACCCCACCCCCCUCCACACACACACACACACACACACACACACACACACACACACACACACACACACACACACACACACACACACACACACACACACACGCACACACACACACACAUACACACACACGGUGGUUGCUUGCAUGAUUGUUUAACCAAGACUGCUGUGCCUUGGGUUAUGGUAUUACUGGAUUGGCGUUGAUUGAAAAUAAAAGUUUCGCAAUUCUGACUUCAUAAUAAAAAAGCUUAUGUUUUUACUAGCACAGAACAGUACCGUGUAAAUGGGGUAACACAGCAUACUGCUACUAAUACUACUAGUUUAACGACUAUAACCUACGACUAUUAGGAGACGUAUUUUAUUUUGAAAGUGUCACCUCCCGGAAGUGCUAAUGCUUUUCUGAGUUUUAUGUCUCCUCGUUGAUAUUUUGUUCCUUCUCAGGUGAUUGACAUGUUGCCAGUGUUGGUGGUCCAUGGAGGGGCGGGUCAUAUCCCAAAGGAGCGGUCAGAAAAGUCCACUGCAGGGGUGUGCUCAGCAGUCCGAGCAGGGUACGCCAUCCUCCAGGGAGGGGGCAGCAGCAUGGAUGCGGUGGUAGAGGCUGUGUCCGAGCUGGAGAAUAAUCCCUCCUUCAAUGCAGGGUGUGGGUCAGUGCUGAAUGUCAAAGGAGAGGUGGAGAUGGAUGCCAUUGUGAUGGAUGGUAAAACAUUGGGAAGCGGUGCAGUGUCUGCUGUACGCUGCAUAGCCAACCCUGUGCAGCUAGCAAGACUGGUUAUGGACAAGACCAGUCAUGCUUGUCUGACAGCAGAGGGUGCCACUCAGUUUGCCUCAGCCAUGGGUGUCCCUACAGUCCCCCAAGAGUCCCUCAUCACUGAGUACUCCCGUAUGCGCUGGAAGAAGAACUUGGCACCCGAUGCCAACCCUGUGGAGUGCCAAAUGGGGAAGAUGGGCACAGUUGGAGCUGUAGCAGUGGAUAGUGAUGGCAAUAUAGCCUGUGCAACCUCCACUGGUGGAAUGCUGAACAAGAUGGAGGGAAGGGUGGGCGACACCCCCUGCAUAGGGUGUGGGGGUUAUGCUGACAAUAAGAUCGGAGCAGUAUCAACAACAGGCCACGGAGAAGCCAUCAUGAAAGUUACUCUGGCAAGACUCAUCCUGUUCCACAUGGAGCAAGGUCAGUCAGUAGAGGCAGCCAGUGACUUGGGCUUGGCCUACAUGAAGUCCAGAGUGGAUGGACUGGGUGGGGUGGUGACAGUGGACCCUCAGGGCCACUGGGCAGCUCGCUUCUCAAGCCCGCAAAUGUCCUGGGGUGCAGCCCAGAAAGACACCCUGCACUAUGGUCUAUACACUGGGGAACACUUCACACAGAGGAUCGACGUCCCACACUGACAGGAAAUACACAACAUACAGUAUGUGCUAAUGGAAAAAAUAAAUAAUUGAAACUGAGGAUACUGAUACGACUUAAAACUAAUGAAAACAAAAUGUAAGAAAUCAUUAGAAUGAAUUGAGUUUGAGGUGUUCUGGUAGCCAUUCAUUAAAUUCAUUAAAGCACUCUACAUAGAGGAUACAGGAGGAAGAGUGGUGAGAACACACCUUAGAUCCUUAAAGUCUCAAAGACAUUGACAGACUGUAGAGAUGAGACUUCCUGCUAAAGUCAGGUCAUUGUCUGAAGCCAGAUGAGGCUGAGCACUGACAAUGAGAGCUGUGUCACUGUGGGGUCAGGCUGUCAUGAACUCAGGAGGAUGGAUAAUCAAAUGACCUGUUUAUCAGAGACCUAGACUUUUGUUAAAAUGUCAUGUAUUAAUUUUAUGUAUAUAUAUUUUUUAUAUAACAUAGAAAGUUUCAAAUCAAUCACUAAAUAAAAAUAUUUUGUUUGACAGAAAUCUGACUUUUAUGAUUCAUAAUUUGAGCAAUAGAAAAUCUGCAUGUUUUGUAUUUCUCAGCCGAUCAUAUUUUAAAUGAACAGCCAGUUUUGCUGCUGUGUUUCUAAAACUUACUACUAUAAACUAAUAUGUAUCUGCAUUGAAAAUUUUAACUCAUCAAUAAAUGCUUCUAUUGAAUGUCUUUCUUGAUUUAAAUUUUCAUUUUCGUCUUGUGAAAUGAAACACUUAUAAACUUUGUAUUUCAGAGAGAACAACUAUUUGAGCCUCUGUAUUAUCACAGAGAAUGCAUGUGAUUUUUUCUGUAGUAUAGUUUAGUAGUGUUGUAGUGUAGUGAUGAAACAUCAUCUCUACACGGUUUGAAUCUGAGCCAGUAUCAGUUAAGUGUUACUCAUCAAAUGAUUGUUAAUGCUGAAGCUUUGUUUAAGGAUAACACUGAUGAUGACAAUAAAUUCCUUUAAUCCCUGAA